AUGGUCCGAAAACUGGGCAAGAAGCCGACCAUUUCAACUGCAGAGCAACAUGUCGCAAGCUGUUGGCACCUGGAGUGGCUACCACCGUUGGCGUUACCAAUGUCGGGUAACGCUGGCCUGCGUCUCUGGAAACUGAAGACCUGCAAUGACUUACAGUUCAGUGCACUGCUGUGGGUAACAUCUUUCUUGUUUUCUCUUCAAGGAUGGGGGAGAGCAGCAGCUGCCACGUACCUGGUUGGCUUCGUGAUCCUGGUCAUCUGUUUUGCCCUCGCAGUCAUUGCGUUCUCGAUUGAGAUACUCCGCUUCAACUUUGUGCGAGGAAUUGGAGGCUUGCUCUUUGUUGUUGCUGCAUUCCAGAUCAUAGGCUUGGUCAUCUACCCAGUGAAAUUCACAGAAGAUAUUCCACUGCUGGGAGAUAACAUGUUCAGCUGGGCCUAUGGCUUUGGCUGGGCCAGCACUGUUGUUGUAAUCGGUUGUGCUUUCUUCUUCUGCUGCCUCCCCAACUGGGAAGAUGAAGUCCUGGGAAACAUCAAGCCUACCUAUUACUACUCCUCCCCAGAGAGAGCACCAUACUUAAAUUGAAAGAUUACAUCCAAGUACAACCAACUGUCAAAACAACAGAGGAGCACCUCUGAUGUAAAUUCGGUGCUAUUAUAGGAGACUGAAAAAACCCCACUUUAAUUCUCCAGAGUAUUUCUUAGUAGCCCUAGCAAUAAAUUAGUAAAAACAUUGGCAUCUUUAAG